GUCUACAAUUUGUGCAUGUUUGUCGUUUGAUUCAUUUCAUUUUAAUUUUUCCCUGCAACCAUCGCUCGUUCUUUGAUGCAUUCUACACAAUCUAAAAUCUUAGGGUUUUUACGUAAUUAAAUAGUUUAGUCUCAUUAGCAGACUUACAGUUUCUGUGUGUUUUCAUGAGCCGCUUUGUGUUUUUGAAGCGUUACACAUAUUUCUUUGUAAUACGAUAUUAUUAAAUAUGAUAAUUGUAAUUUCUUAAAGUUAGUAGUUCAAUCCAAUUCAUAAUUUUUUUUUUUAAAUAAUAUAGCUGCGGUAAUAUUAACUAAAGUAUUCAUUAUAUAGAUACAAUGAAUCAACAGCAGCAACAAUCACCACAACAACAGCAGCAGCCACAACAGCAGCAGCAGCAACAACAACAACAACAACCAUCAUCACAACCACAAAUGAAUGACGACCAAAAAAGAUCUAAUGAACAAACUGAUGAAGAAGAUUGUCAGUCUAAUGAAGGAUUUGUUGUGAAGAUGCGUGGCCUACCAUGGUCGGCUACAGCUGAUGAUAUAAUCAAAUUUUUGAGCAUAUUGGGUGAAGCAAAGGUUAAAGAUGGUGCUGCUGGAGUACAUUUGACUAUGGCUAGAGAAGGAAGACCUAGUGGUGAAGCUUAUGUUGAAAUGGAAUCUGAAGAAGAUCUUAAGGCUGCUCUUAAGAAAGAUCGAGAGCAUAUGGGCAAUCGUUACAUUGAAGUUUUUCGAUCAAAACGUUCAGAAAUGGAAUGGGUUAUUAAAAAAACUGGUUCAACACUUGACAGUGUACUGGAUGAUAAUUGUGUUCGUUUAAGAGGUCUUCCCUUUGGAUCUACUAAGGAUGACAUUGUACAGUUCUUCCAAGGGUUGGAGAUGACACCAGACGGUAUAACCAUAGCAACCGACUUCACGGGGCGGAGUACGGGGGAAGCUUUUGUACAAUUUGUAGACAGAGAGAAUGCAGAGAAAGCUCUGCAGAAACACAAGGAGAAAAUAGGACACAGAUAUAUUGAGAUAUUCCGCAGUAGUUUAGCAGAAAUUCGCAAUCAAGCACUUCAAAGAAGACCAAGACAAACUCCAUAUGACCGAAUGGAUCGUUUUGCUAAUAGUGGUGGUGGCGGCGGCGGCAGUGGUGGUAGUGGACGGUACUUUGAUAUGCCCAUGAGAACUGGACGUAAUAUGAAGUCAUUUGGCAAUAAUGGCUAUGAUAAUGGAGGUGAUCCAUGGAAUAGUGGUAGAAGUAUGGGUGGUCCAAGAGGUGGUGGUGGAGGUGGCCAAGGUAUGAUGGGCGGCAGUAGUGGCGGUGGUGGAGGAGGAUGGAAUAGUAAUAACUGGAAUGCUCCACCAAGUAGACCAUUAUAUGUUGUACAUAUGAGAGGAUUACCUUUUAAAGCAAAUGAGGAUGAUAUAGCUACAUUUUUUGAACCAUUGGAACCUGUUGAUAUACGUAUUCUUUUCAAUAACAAUAAUCGACCAUCUGGAGAAGCAAAUGUUGAAUUUGGUAACAAAGAAGAUGCAAUGCGAGCUAUGUCAAAAGAUAAAACAUAUAUGCAGCAUAGAUACAUUGAACUGUUUAUGGAUGGACCGGUAGGAGGUGGACCAGGUUCUGGCGGUAAUAACUUUAGUAUGGAUGAUAUGGGACCACCAAAUUCAGGCAAUGGCGGGAGCUUUGGAGGAUUUGGAAACAAUUCAUUUGGUGGUGGAGGUAGCAGCAGUGGUGGUGGCGGUGGAAAUUCUUUUGGGAACAACACAUUUUCUCGGCGUAAUGAUAACUCUGGUCCUCCUAAUUCAUUUUUUUCAAAUAAUAUGGGCGGAGGUGGAUAUCCAAGACCUUCUGGACCAAGAAAUAUGUCAGGACCUGGACCUAAAUUUAACCCCUUUUAAAAUUGAUGAUAAAUAUAAAUAAAAUAAAUUGUUUGACUUUAAACUUUAAAGUAUUAUCAAAUGUUUGCAGCAGAUUGAUGUUUUUUUUUUCUUAAACUAAUAAUACAAGUAAUUAUGAUUAUGCUCUUUAAAUUUAAGUACUAACUUAUGUUAGUUUUACCAUUCAAGUGUUAUUUAAUUUUGACUACCUAAUUUAUGGUGUAUUCACAUAGAAUGAUUUUGUAAUAUAAUUUAUUUUGAAAAAUAUGAGAACACGCUUAUUUUGUCACAACAUUUUAGGGCAUAUGUUGUAUUAUAAUUUUCCUACUAUCCUAAUAUAAGAUAAUUUUAUGUUGUGGAAUCUUUAAAAAUCCAAAUACUUAUAUAGUAUGGAAAUUGCAUUUUAAUGUUAAUAGAAACGACCUUUUUUUUAUACAUUGAAACUUGUGUUUUGCAUAACUUCUAUUUUUUAAUGUAUACAUUAAGGAAACAAUUUUAUAUUAAUUAAAAUUAGUGUUUGUAAUAAAGCUUCUAAAAAAUAAA